UAUUAUUAUUCCCUUUCACUCAAUCAAUCAAAAAUCAACAAAUAAAACCUCCCCCCAAACCCCUCAAUCAUGCUUCUUCUUUCAUAUAGUCUCUCAAUUAGUCCAAACAAACCUCUCUAUCUAUGGUAGCCCAUAUGAUUUAAUAGUUCGACUAAUUCAAAUACGCAUUAAAGAUAAAGGAUGGGAAGAGGUAGGGUAGAGUUGAAACGGAUCGAGAACAAAAUAAGCAGACAAGUAACAUUCUCAAAGAGACGAUCUGGAUUAUUGAAGAAAGCUAAUGAGAUCUCAGUAUUAUGUGAUGCUGAUGUUGCAUUGAUUGUGUUUUCUACCAAAGGCAAACUUUUCGAGUAUUCCUCAAAUGACUCAAGUAUGGAAAGUAUUCUUGAAAGAUAUGAAAAAUGCUCAUAUGCAGAGAGACAGAUGAAUGCUAAUGAUUCUGAUCCCAAGGAAAAUUGGAGUGUGGAGUAUCCAAAGCUCAUGUCAAGAAUUGAACUUUUACAAAGAAAUAUAAGGCAUUACAUGGGUCAGGAUCUGGACCCUCUCAGUUUGCGUGAGCUCCAGAGUAUAGAGCAACAGAUUGAUACUUCAUUAAAGAGAAUUAGAAGCAGGAAGAAUCAACUGAUGCACGAGUCCAUUUCUGAGCUGCAGAAAAAGGAGAAAGCGCUCCAAGAACAAAACAACAUGAUUACUAAGAAGCUAAAAGAAAAUGAGAAGACACAACCCAACUCAUCAGGCCAAAACUCAGCAACAUUUCAUGUGUUUCCAUCACAUUCUCACCACCAACUUCCUAACCUUACGAUUGGGGGGGCUUUUGGAGGAAUGAACAGAGAUGGGUCGGGUCAGGCUCAUCACUAUCCGGGUUCCAAUAACAAUAAUAAUAAUUCCUCACUGAUACCGCCAUGGAUGCUCCGCCAUGUCAGCAACGAAGGAUGAAAUAAUAUUCCGGAGAGUAUAAUUAAUUAAUUGUAUAUGUUUUGUUCCAAACAAUAUGAAUCAACUUACCUGUUUGUAAUGUAUAAUUAGCUUAAGCUAAUAAAACUUUUCAUCCUU